UCAUUUAGAAAAUCAGAUGAGUCUUUUGAAAAAGCAGGAAACGGAGGUUGUAGCUGAAACGAGUCUUCGUUACAAGCCUCAACAGCCUCAACACUGGAAGCGAUGGUACUGGUUGGAGCAUUCAACGAGGAAUCGUUUUCUUGCGAGGCUUAGAACUUUUUGUUUUUUGGUAUAUCCAGCGUGGGUUUUGACUCAUUUGGAAUAUUACAAACCUGAUGAAGAACGAAUAAGACGUGCAUUUUUAGAAACGGAGCUCAGAUCUUUGCACUCUCCCUACGCAAGAAUGAAGUCAAUGCAGGAACGCGUAGGAGCUUGA